GCUCCGUGUUAUUUUCGGAUGUUACAAACUCCAGAGAUGGUAGAGCGCGGGGCGGACUCGCCUGCCUUUGGAGGCGUUGGUUUCUGUUUCUGUCCAUCUCGCGCGCUAUCUCCACCCUCAAGGGAGAUAUUUCUCCGUUUACCGAGCACCUUUUUUUUUUCCUUAACGCACUGCUGCUAAAUCAAAAUUAGGUGUGACGGACGGACUGCACGAGCUCAAGGGACACCGCGGCAAUUUUGGCACCGGAUUCCCCCCCAUGCACAUCAUCGUUAUGAAUUUCUGGAUUGUGGGGAUGUCGUUAUGUCACGCAGGGUGAACUACAGACGCUUUCACGAUUAAAUCACCCGAGUUGGAAGCGAAAGGAGCACGUAAAGAUGUGCCCAAAUCAAAUAUUACUCAGAUGUUGCCGCGCAUCUUCGGGGUUUUGCACGUAAAUACCUGUUUGGACAUUUAUUUUUUACGCUUCUUUGAUUUCGGUGAGCGUGAUGUGCAGUAGAUUUCUGUGGCCAGAGUUGGCUUCGCCUACAGGCUUAUCACCUUGAUCAUUUUGAGCAUUCAGUAUGAUUUAUGUGCAGCUUGUUGUAACCGUACAGAAUCAAUCAAUGCGUCGUUAAUCUCUGCAGAGUGUUUUUAAUGCCCUUAUAAGUGGCACAUAAUAAACUAAUUGACUCGAUACAUCGUUAAACCAAACGCGUUAACAGUUCAGAUUUUUUUCCCUGAUCGUAAAGCGAAGCAGGGGCUGUUUGGAGUCACAUGUGCCCUGGACAAACAAUUAAGAUGACAAAACCCAUUUACAGAAGAGAUUGUCUUUAUUAUCGAGGAAGCUGCACUGAGAUCCAGGAUUGUACCAUAGUUGGAGGACAGAGAGCUGAGAAAGAAGAGAGGCAGGAGAAGCAGGGGAGAACUGCUGAGCUGCACAACAGAGCCGAGAGGAAAGCCUUGGCUUCAGUGAUGGACUGAGCAGAAGGUGACUGGAGCCCAGAGUACACCUGACAGAGGCAUGUAUGGACAAACUGCAGCAUAGAGGACAACACUGGCCUUUUAUUUGGAAACCGUCGCUCAGGUCUGCACAAACUGAUUCUACCUUUGUCCCAAAAAGCACCUGGAACCUCAACCCCAUCCAAAGUGCCCCGGGGGCCCACCGGAGUCAGUCUGCACCCACAGAUGUGACUAGGCUUGCAAAAUUUCUUCUCCAGGAAGUCCCGUGAUUCUGGCUUUAUGGACACAUCUUCAAAGUCGUGGCUGCCGCAUCAAACUCAGUUUGGGUUGGUUGGUCAAGCGGAGGUUUGCUGUGGCGGACCUGGAGUUUUAACCCCAAACCAAUCUCGCAGGGCAAGUUUUGCCUCUGUAAGGCAGUCAAGCAUGGAAACUCCUCCAAAUGCCACCCCACAGCCCUUCAGACAGCCGAGUUUCCUCAAUCGAAGAUUGAAGGGCUCCAUCAAGAGGGCCAAAAGUCAGCCCAAGUUGGACAGGACCAGCAGCUUCAGACAAAUGAUUCUGCCCCGGUUUCGUAGUGCCGACCAAGAGAGGACACGGUUGAUGCAGAGCUUCAAAGAGUCACACUCGCAUGAAUCCCUGCUUUCUCCUAGCAGUGCUGCAGAAGCAUUGGACCUUGUUUUGGAUGAAGAUGCCAUAAUCAAACCUGUCCACUCCAGCAUUUUAGGACAAGAGUACUGCUUUGAGGUGACCACCAAUUCAGGGACAAAAUGUUUUGCCUGCCGUUCAGCUUCAGAGAGAGACAAGUGGAUUGAAAAUUUGCAACGAGCUAUCAAACCCAACAAGGAUAACAGCAGACGGGUGGACAAUGUGCUCAAACUGUGGAUCAUUGAAGCUCGAGACCUACCGGCUAAGAAACGUUACUAUUGCGAGCUGUGUCUGGAUGACAUGCUGUAUGCGCGCACCACCAGCAAACCCCGAACCGACACGGUCUUCUGGGGCGAGCAUUUUGAAUUUAACAAUUUGCCUACCAUUCGUAGCCUUCGUUUGCACCUGUACAAAGAAACGGACAAAAAAAGACGCAAGGAGAAAAGCACAUAUCUUGGCCUCGUCAGCAUCCCAAUUUCCAGCAUUACAGGCCGGCAGUUUGUCGAGCAGUGGUACCCGGUGAUCCAGUCCAGUGUGUUGGCCAAAAGCGGUGGUGUUGGAAGUGCCAAAGUGAUCAACGCCUCGCUGCGUGUUAAGUCUCGCUACCAGACAAUGAACAUCCUCCCAAUGGAACUGUACAAGGAGUUUGCAGAAUACAUCACCAACAACUACAGAACACUGUGUGCAGUUCUGGAGCCACUGCUGAGUGUGAAAAGCAAAGAGGAGGUGGCGUUUGCCCUGGUGCACAUCCUGCAAAGCACAGGGAAGACAAAGGAGUUCCUGUCCGACAUGGCGAUGUGUGAGGUGGAUCGAUUCAUGGAUCGUGAGCACCUGAUCUUUCGGGAGAACACGCUGGCUACAAAGGCAGUGGAAGAGUACCUCAAACUGAUAGGUCACAGAUACCUCAAGGAGGCUAUAGGUGACUUUGUGCGAGCCUUAUAUGAGUCUGAGGAGAACUGUGAAGUGGAUCCCAUGCGAGUCCCUCCAUCAGUCCUUGCAGACCAUCAAGCUAACCUUCGCAUGUGCUGUGAGCUGUUGCUCUGCAAGAUUAUCAACUCCCUCUGCAUAUUUCCUCGGGAGCUGAAGGAGGUCUUUGCCUCAUGGAGAGCCAGAUGUGCUGAGCGUGGCAGAGAGGAUCUGGCCGACAGCCUCAUCAGCUCCUCCCUCUUUCUUCGCUUCAUGUGCCCGGCCAUCAUGUCCCCCUCCCUGUUUAACUUAAUGCAGGAGUAUCCGGCUGAACGCACGUCCCGCACACUCACACUCAUCGCAAAGGUGAUGCAGAAUCUGGCCAGCUUCAGCAAAUUUGGACCAAAGGAAGAGUACAUGUAUUUCAUGAACGAGUUCCUAGAGAUGGAGUGGGGCUCCAUGCAGCAGUUUCUCUACGAGAUCUCUAACAUGGACACUGGAGGAAACGCUGGAGGAUUUGAGGGCUACAUCGACCUUGGCAGAGAGCUGUCGAUGCUGCACAGCUUACUGUGGGAGGUCAUGGGCCAGCUUAGUAAGGAUGCUAUUCUCAAACUCGGACCCCUACCACGACUACUGAAUGACAUCAGCGUCGCCCUGAGGAACCCGCAGCUCCACAUGCCCACCAAUCACCAGCCCGACCGACCGAAAGACCGACUCUUCUCACGACCAUCUUUUAAUCGUCUCAUGUCCUCUGACUUCCAAAGCCUUAUGAUGCGUGACUUAAACAGUUCAAUAGACAUCUCUCGCCUCCCGUCCCCAACCACUGGAGUCUCUGCCGUAGAAUCCCUUUCAUCUAACCUGAACAUGAGGCGUCACGCAGAACGAGACCUCCGCUCAUCUAGGGAAGUUUUCUAUGUGACACGCCCGCCGUUGGCUCGAUCCAGCCCUGCAUACUGCACGAGCAGCUCUGACAUCACUGAACCUGACCCAAAGGUCCAUAGUGUGAAUAAAAGUGUGUCCAUGAUGGACCUUCAGGACUCCCGUAUGAACAGCAUCUCCAACCUGAACUCUGUGGGUGACAUGCUCACCUCCUCUCAGGCAUCCAUCGCUGGCCUUGCCCACAGUUUUGGGAACCUCAGCGGUCCUCUGCGUAUGGGAGGCUCCGGUUUGAGACUGAGCCAGAUGGGCCACGUAGGGGGGCCCACCGAAUCCAUCUCUCAACAGCAGCAGCAGGCGGCAGCUGCCAUGAAUUUCCCGCUGUCUUUCCAGAACCCGCUAUUCCAUCUGGCUGCCCAGAACUCCCCAGCUCAGUCACAGCCUCAUCCCCCUCCUCUCCUCCUUGCUCCUGAGCCCGAGAAUGGCCACCAUGACUACCAGCCGGCUUUCGGCAACAACGCUUUCUCCCGCAGCGAAGACUUGUCGGGCCUGCGGUCGCAGAGCAGUCUGGUGCAGCCCAGCAUUGUCCACUCACACAGUUACAGCGAUGAUUUCACCCGACAGAAUCAGAACAACGACUACGCUUGGCACCAGCUGUCACUGCAGGUGCAGGAAUCUCUUCAGCAGCAGCAUAUGAUGGGAGUCGCUUCACAGACAGCCACCGGAACGGGUACCCCCGCCUCUCUGGCCACACCCCCCACUACAGUUCACCCUGUCCGCCAGUCAUCCAUGGCCCCUGGACAACACCUCAAGUCACAGCGCUCCAUGAACAAUUCCGCCACCGCCACCCCUCCAAAGGUACGCCCGCAGAGCAGGAAUCUCCUCCUCGACUCCUCUGACAACAACUACAGCGGCAGUCAGCCGAAACAGCGCCAAACUCAGCAGCAGUCGCAACAACAGCAGCAAACUCAGCAGCAGCAGCAACAACAGGACGCGCAGCUGUCCGUCACAGACAGUCCAGCUCCUGGGCUCCCGUACCAGACAAGCUCCGCCAAAGAGAACCAGGGCCCGUCAGCUGCUGCAGAGGUAUCAACAGACACGCCAACAAAAAGCACCAAGAAGCCUCAGGCACAACUGCAGCCGCCACAGCAGCAUUUGCUCAAACCAGGCAAUAAACAGGGUUCAUCAUUGAGUUCACCAGCCCUCAAUGAGCGGACAGUGGCCUGGGUGUCCAACAUGCCUCAUUUAUCUGCUGACAUCGAGAGCCUGCGGCCAGACCGUGAAGGACAGCUGAAAGAGUACUCCAAGAGCAUGGAUGAGUCACGACUGGAGAGGGUAAAAGAGUACGAAGAAGAGAUACAUUCCUUAAAGGAAAGGCUGAAGAUGUCGCAUCGUAAGCUUGAAGAGUACGAGCAGAGGCUUGUGUCACAGGAACAGCAGACAAGCAAGAUCCUGAUGCAGUAUCAAAAUCGCCUGGACGACAGCGAACGGCGUCUGAAGCAGCAACAACUGGAGAAAGACUCCCAAAUCAAAGGCAUCAUCAACAGACUCAUGGCUGUGGAAGAUGAGCUGAGAGGGGGUGCCAUUCCUGAUAUUAAGCCUCGAAUCCUCACAGACCAGUCUUUCAACCAGGGCUAUGGUGGCCACCCAGGAUCCUGACUGCCGCUACCAAGGUGACCAGAGCUCAUGAUGGUCACCCGGGUGUAAGAAGACUGACUCAGAUCCUCCCACAAACACCCGUGAAGAGAAACUUUGAUUUGUAUCCAGCAGGACCACUGGAGGCUUCAUCACACUUUUUUAAAAAGAACUUUGCACAUACUCAAACUUAGCCUGUACGAGAACUUGACAAUCAGUUUAGCAUGAGGACCAAUGUGUGCAGGGAAUCAUCCGCACAUUCUGACCGAAAUCUAAGCCAAUGCCACAACAAUGGCAAUACUGAACCUAAUGAGUUUCUUUAUUCAAUCAGAAGUGAGAGAAGAUGAAAACACUGGUUUUGAAGAUGAUUUCGUUAUUUUCCCCUCUACUAACAGCACACUUAACCUCUCACUUAAGUUGCUGCAGACAAAGUGUAGACGACUUUUACAAGCUCAAUACCCCUUCAUGGCGAUGCCUGUGACAAGCAACAAGAAUGUUGUUAAAUCAUUUGCCAUCUAAGGCCGUAGAUACAGGGUACAGGCAGAGAUCUGCAACUCUAUUUGAUUCUAAUUUAAUCAAUUAGUUUCAUAUUCACACUUCAAAGUAAUUGAAAUGUACAAGGAGAACCAUUAUGAUUUAACGCAUCCUUCAUAGUGAAGCCAUUCCAUUUGAAGAGAUGCCAUACAAAUAAACAAUCAACUGACUGCUAUACAAUCUAUGUGUUCCUUUGGCACGCUGUAUAAAGCAUUUUUGAUCUCCCAAAGCUAAGAAACCCUUUCAAUAACUGAAAUACUUCACAAAGUAAUCUGUGUUUUGUUUACUUUGUAGAAGAGUUGAUCACAAUAUGGAUUAUAUAUGGCUUUUCAAAGCAGAGGUAUAAAGUGCUUCCAAAGUAAUUCAGGAAAAAAUACCUAAAAUGAAAGAUGAAGCAGGUGAAAAUUAACAAAAAAAAAUUGACUUUAAAGGGGCGUUCCACUUUUUUUUACACACUACAGGAGCACUUCUGAAUUUGUAAUGCAAUUUUUGAUGUUCUUUAUGGAUCUAAUUAAACAAUUAGUAAACUAAUGCUUGAGCCCAUGCUAGGUUCUCUUAAAACAUAACUAAAAACAUGUUACAUUCUAGUGCCAAAGGAAGCAAUUCCAUAAAUGGAUUCAUCUACACAUCAGAUUUUUACAAAGAAAGGCAUACUAGCAGCUGCUUAUACUUAUACUUAUACUCUACUCAAGCUAGCGUGUUUAGUCAGACUGCUAUCACUGUACGGAUGUGAAUUCUGUUUGGUUCACAAUGUGAGCCCUACAGAUGUUGCCUGGCCCAGCUGGUUUCAUUUAAACAUGCACUUACCUUAUCUAGAUGGGACAUCCAGAUAUGAACUACCUUUUAUAUCCAGGUGUAAGUAGAGUAAAACCAACUUUACCCAUUUCAAUGAAAACGCCCGCAGGAAGGUAAAGCUAGCAUACAUUUCUGAAAGAUAAAAAUGCUACUUUUACCUUCGUUAUAGCAACAGAAGGGCUCCAGCUCAGUUGCUGGUGUAUGAUUGUUUCACAUCUGAAGGACAGUGUUGGUCUGAAGCCAGCCUGAACUAAUCGAGCCUCAAAACUGAUGAGUCAACUUAAAAUAUAAUCAUGGUCUGCCAUUUCCAUUAUUAAUUAUUUCUCAGCCUUUUCAUUUUUUUUGUACAGCACUUUGUAACAUUGGUUUGAAAAUGCUGUAUGAAUCAAUUUUAAUAAGUAUGAUUAUAAACAUUAUGUGCAACUGGAAACAAAUCGUAUUAUAGCAAGUGGUGAAUUACUCAUCUGUUGUGUUUAAUGUUUCUGAAGCAUAGAUGUGCAACAGUUCUGCAUGUGCUUUUUAAACUGCGAGGACAAGUAAGUCGAUUUGUUGUCGGAUAUUAUAAUGAACAAAAAUGAAAACUUUGACAUGCUUUCUCACGGGAAGGCAUCUUUUUUUAUCAACCUGCUGACUCUUCCGCUUUUUUCAGAAGAGGUUGCAUUCUGCCUUUUGCAUUGUACGACAUACAAGUACUUAAUGAAGGCAACAGAGCAAACAGACCAACAAAAGGUGGAGAGACAGUGAAAACAACAGGACAAUAAAGAGCAGGGAUAUGUAGUAUAUGUGCAUAGGAUUUGACUGCCUUACAGUCUGUGCCACAGGGCAAAAAUAAAAAUGCCAAUACAAAACAA